UACUCCGCCCUAGCAAACGGCACAGUCCAGAAGCUGGAUAUGCGCUCACGAAAAGUUUCCAACACCCCUAUCGCGCAUAAUCUUCCCGUGCAGUGCGUAGAAAGCCAUGCCAAAAGAAACCUAAUUAUCUCCGGUUCCUGGGACAAAACAGUGCAGCUGGCCGACCCGCGCGUUCUCGAACAACCGUCGGUGAUGGACUUGCCUGGAAAAGUAUAUGCAAUGGAUGUGCACCAGCAAACAGAUCGUUUUAUAGUGGGCAUGUCCAACAGACAGAUCCAUGUGUAUGACUUCCGAAAACUGGACCGGCCCGUGAGCAGCAUGGAAAAUGGGUUCCGUUUCCAAACUACCAAAGUCAGAUUCUUGCCCAACGGUCGCGGGUUUCUGCAAAGCUCGAUAGAGGGCAAGGUUUCGCUGGAUCUUUUCGAGGACGCAGAAAAUAACUAUGCAUUCAAAUGCCACCGUCAAAAGCUCGUGAUUGAGAACGAAAGCGUUGAUCUGGUGAACCCUGUCAAUUGUAUCGAAUUUUUCGACACGGAGUCGCGCUUCUUCACGGCAGGAUCCGAUAGAUCGAUCUGUCUGUGGGACUACAAGACCAAAAAGAGAGUCAAGCAGUAUGCCAACUUCGAAAUGAGUAUAGUCGCUUUGGCGUACAACCAGGAUACCCACCAGCUCGCCAUAGCCAUGAGCGACGACUCGUACAAGAACAUGACCGGACUAGACGACCAAACAAACAACAAGCCCGCCAUACCGUCGAAGAUUACAACACGAAACAUGCAUUCAUAA